AUGGAUCCACGUUCGAAAGACCAUGGAAUCAAGCUAUCGGCUUACAGGGAUCAGCGCUUUGAGGUAAGCAUGGUUAACAUAAUAUUUUUUUUGGUUUUAGGUAUUCAAAUUGAACCUGUUUGACAAAUCUAUGUUUUUAAAAGAUUCUCCUAUGUUUUCUCUAGCUUUUGAUACUAAUAUAUUGAAUACUAUUGGCAGAAAAAGCAGUUUUAUCUUCAAAUUUGUAAAGAACAUUGAAAAAUAGAGAUAGUUAACAUAAUCUUCCUAUUUCUGAUCUACCUCUAAACUUGAAGCACUUAAGCUAAUAUAAACACUUUCCAGGGAUCAAUGCGCGAACAAGAAAGCUUACUCUCACAAUCUACUACUUUGUACGUUGGAAAUUUGAGCUAUUUUACAUCGGAAGAGCAGGUAUACGAGUUGUUUAUGCGUGCUGGAGAUGUUCGACGAGUUAUAAUGGGAAUUCAUCGCUACGAAAAGACUCCAUGUGGCUUUUGUUUUGUAGAGUAAGUUUUUCUUUAUUAUUUUUGAUUAUAAAUUUAGGUAUUACACACGAGACGAUGCUGAGAACGCGAUCAGAUACAUCAAUGGUACGAGGUUGGACGACAGAGUUAUUAGAUGUGAUUGGGACGCCGGUUUUGUUGAAGGUAGACAAUAUGGAAGGGGCAAACAUGGUGGACAGGUAAGAAUGUUGGAUAUAGGACGUAAAAUUGAGAAUUUGGGUUUGGUAUUAUGAGAGUGAGAAAUGGUUUUUGAAUAUUAUGUUAAAGAUCAUGGAUAAUAUCGGAAAUUGAUGUAUAUUUUUUAUGUACGAUUGAAUGUGAUGUAAAGAGCGCUUUGGAACGAUUAUAAAUGUUUUUCUUUAGGUUUUGUAAUAGUAUAGACAUUAAAAAAGCUAUAUUUUGUCUAGAAAUGAAUUUAUCUUAUCCUUGUAGGUCUCGAUGGAUAAUAUUCGAACAUUAAGUUCUAUUCACUCAAAUUUUCUGUAAAUUAUGGUGUAUUUGUACUUAAAAGCUUUAUCAAUAUCUCUUUUACAUGUUUCAUUAAUUUAAAACUAUGACGGCAUCUAUUUUCCACAAAAAAUCUCUAAUUUGCCGAAGCAGGUCUAUGAUAAUAUCGAAUAAUUAAAAAUUUUCAGGUUCGUGACGAAUUCCGAAAAGAUUUCGAUGCUGGGCGUGGUGGAUGGAACAAGACCAUCAGUACGGGUAAUUAUCGACAUGGCCGUUGA